CUCCAUUUCGUGAAAGGAAGAACAUGAACAACAUCAGGAGAGAAAGACUGUUUGUGAAUAAUAUGAUUUAGUUUAAGAACAGAUCAGUUUAAUGCUGUUAUCUAGAGAGAGAAUGGAUUUACGAACUGAAUGAAGUUUGUGUUUGAUGUUCUUCGUUGUUGAGACAGAGGCCCAUUGAACGACUGAUCCUGGAAUGUGCCAAACCCUGCCUCCUCAGAAGAAAUCAACACCUACUUCAUCAUUGCAACAUUAGCCCCGCCCACUGGCAUGUUAGUGAGCUGAGGAGGAGAGGAGAGCAAUACAGGACAAAUAUAACAUUACCUUUCAAAGGAUCCUAAUGCUAGGAAUAUGGUUAUUUAUUUUCAACAAUGUGAAUGUCUCAGUUGAGCUUUAUUUAUUAGUAUUUGGUAUUUCAAUGUAGAUACUUUGGUAAGUCAAUCACAUUUCGGCACAGGCUUUGCAAACAGACUUUUACGUUAUAGACUCGACAGUAAUGCAACAACAUCACUGCCUGUAAUAUGAGUCUCUAUAAGAGAGAGGAGGAGGAUGUUCACACACAUAAAGCAUCAUCUCCAGAACCCAGCUGUGUGUCUAUGAAGAGUGAUGCAUCCAUGGGAAUCCCCCCUAAACUCAGUGCUGAACCAGUGACCUCUGACCCUGACACAACCUAUAACAUGAGUCUCUAUAAGAGAGAGGAGGAGGAUGUUCACACACAUAAAGCAUCAUCUCCAGAACCCAGCUGUGUGUCUAUGAAGAGUGAUGCAUCCAUGGGAAUCCCCCCUAAACUCAGUGCUGAACCAGUGACCUCUGACCCUGAAUUGAAGAGAAGUGUUGUGAUCAGAUCAGUGGCGCCCCAUCUGACCUGCACUGACUUCGAGUGUCAGACCCUCAUCAGGCAGAGAGUCAAAUACCAGCACAAAACCAGCUUGAAGAACAAGUACGAGAGCUUAUUUGAGGGAAUCAAUUUACAAGAGAAUCAAACCCUCCUGAACAGGAUCUACACACAGCUCUACAUCAUAGAGGGAGAGAGUGAAAGGGUGAAUGAAGAACAUGAGGUUUUACAGAUGGAGAAAACAGCCAGAACACAAGACACUCCAAUUUACUGCAAUGACAUCUUUAAACCCUUACAUGAACCAGAAUGUGAGGAGAAAGACAAAAUCAAGACUGUUCUUACUAAAGGCAUCGCUGGAAUCGGAAAAACCGUCUCUGUGCAGAAGUUCAUUCUGGACUGGACUGAGGGAAAAGCAAAUCAGGAUGUAGAUUUCAUGUUUGUGCUUCCAUUUCGAGAGCUCAACUUGAUUAAAGAUCACCAGUACAGUCUUCAUAGACUUCUGCUGGACUUUCAUCCUGAACUUCAAGAUCUGGACUCAAAGAUUUAUGAGGAGAGUAAAGUUGUGUUCAUCUUUGAUGGUCUGGAUGAAAGCAGAAUGAAACCGAUGUUUUCAGAUGAUGAGAAGGUUUGUGAUGUGAAUGAGUCUUCAUCAGUGGGUGUGUUGAUGACAAACCUCAUCAGAGGAGAGCUGCUUCCCUCUGCUCUCAUCUGGAUCACCUCCAGACCAGCAGCAGCCAAACAGAUACCCAUAAAAUACAUCAACCGUGUGACAGAAAUUCAGGGAUUCAACGACCCUCAGAAGGAGGAAUAUUUCAGGAAGAGAAUCAGUGAUGAACGUCAAGCCAGCAGAAUCAUCUCACACAUUAGAAGAUCAAGAAGCCUCCACAUCAUGUGUCACAUACCCGUCUUCUGCUGGAUCUCAGCCACUGUCCUUCAAAACCUCCUGAAACAAGAUGACAGUGCAGAAAUCCCUCAAACUCUGACUGAAAUGUACAUCCACUUCCUGCUGAUUCAGAUCAACAUGAGGAAUCAGAAGUAUGAAGAGAGAAAAUCAAAGAGAUUCCUGCAGUCCAACAGAGACGUGAUUGUGAAACUUUCUGAACUGGCUUUCAAACAGCUGAUGAAGGGCAAUGUGAUGUUCUAUGAGGAGGACCUAAUUGAGAGUGGCAUAGACAUCACUGACGCCUCAGUGUAUUCUGGGAUUUGCACUGAGAUCUUUAAGGAGGAAUUUGUGAUUCAUCAGAGGAAAGUCUACUGCUUCAUACAUCUGAGCUUUCAGGAGUUUCUAGCUGCUUUCAUCGAGUUUUAUUAUCAUGCAGUCAAUAAUAAGAAAUCACUAAAGUCAUUUCUGAAUAAAAAACAUCAGUGGUACAGUCAGGGAAUCUCUCUGUAUGAUCUGCUAAAAGCAGCAGUUGAUAAAUCCUUACAGAGUGAAAAUGGACACCUGGAUCUUUUUCUGCGGUUCCUGCUGGGCGUCUCACUGGAGUCCAAUCAGAGACUCUUACAGGAUCUACUGACACACACAGUGAACAGCUCAGAGACCAUCAAGAGAAUCACACAGUACAUUAAAGACAAAAUCAAGGGUGAGGAACAUCUCUCAGUUGACAGAUGCAUUAAUCUGUUCCUCUGUCUGCUGGAAAUGAAGGAUCAGACUCUGUACAGAGAGAUUCAGGAGUUUGUGAAAUCAGAGAAUCACUCAGUGAAUCAACUCUCUCCAUCUCACUGUUCAACAAUAACCUACAUGCUUCAGAUAUCAGAGGAGGUGCUGGAUGAGUUUAAUCUGAAAAAAUACAACACAUCAGAUGAGGGCAGAAGGAGACUGAUACCAGCUGUGGUGAACUGCAGAAAAGCUCUACUUGUUGACUGUAAUCUCGCGGAUCAGUGCUGUGAAAGUUUGUCUUCAUCUCUACAAUCAUCAAACUCUUCUUUGAGGGAGCUAGACCUGAGUCACAAUAACUUGCAGGAUUCAGGUGUGAAGCUUUUGUCUGAUGGACUAAAGAAUUCACACUGUCAGCUCAACAUACUGAGAUUAACAAGUUGUAAUCUCACUGGUCAGUGCUGUGAAAGUUUAUCUUCAUCUCUACAAUCAUCAAACUCCUCACUGAGGGAGCUGGACCUGAGUCACAAUAAUGUGCAAGAUUCAGGUGUGAAGCUUUUGUCUGAUGGACUGAAGAAUUCACACUGUCAGCUCAAAAUACUGAGAUUUACAGGUUGUAAUCUCACUGGUCAGAGCUGUGAACAUUUGUCUUCAUCUCUACAAUUUAACUUCUCACUGAGAGAGCUGGACCUGAGUCACAAUAACCUGUUGGAUUCAGGAGUGAAGCUUCUGUCUGAUGGACUGAAGAGUUCACACUGUCAACUCAACAUACUAAGAUUAUCUGGCUGUAUGGUGACAGAGGAAGGCUGUUAUUAUCUGGCUUCAGCUCUGAAAUCAAACCCCUCACACCUGAGAGAGCUGGAUCUGAACUACAAUCACCCAGGACAAUCAUUAGUCAAGCUGCUCUCUGAUCCAAACUACAGACUGGACAAACUCAAUGUGGAUCAUGGAGGAGAGAUCAGGAUUACAACAGGACCACAAAAAUAUGCAUGUGAUCUCACACUGGAUCCAAACACAGUAAACACUCAUCUCGCUCUGUCUGAGAGGAGCAGAAAGGUGACAUAUGUGGAAGAAAAGCAGCCGUAUCCUGAUCAUCCAGAGAGAUUUGAUGAGUGUCUUCAGAUUCUGUGUAGAGAGAGUCUGACUGGACGCUGUUACUGGGAGGCUGAAUGGAGCGGCGCGGGGGUUAAUAUAUCAGUGACAUAUAAAGGAAUCAGCAGGAAAGGAUGGAGUAAUGACUGUAGAUUUGGAUACAGUAAAAAGUCCUGGAGUCUGAACUGCUCGUAUAACAGUUUCACUUUGUGGCACAAUAAUAAGAGCACAAUCAUAUCUGUCCCUUCACAUCGCUUUAACAGAGUAGGAGUGUAUCUGAACUUGUCGGCCGGCACUCUGUCCUUCUACAGCGUCUCUGACACACACACACUCAGACACUUACACACAUUCAACAGCACAUUCACUGAACCCCUAUAUGCUGGAUUUGGGUUUCAUUAUUCUGAUAGUUCAGUGUCUCUGUGUGAGAUUAAACAGCUUCCUGUGAGAAAAAACUGAGACACACAGGCCCUCAUUUAUCAAACGAUCGUACGCCAGAAAACUGCGUAUGCUCGUUUCCACUCAAAAUUUGGCAUUUAUCAAUAUGAGCAUGAGCGGUGACUACGAUCAAAUCUCACAUCAGGUCUUAGAACGUGUGCGAAAGUUUUUGAGUCAGCGGGAACUUGCGUGCAGCAUAGUAAAUCUGGUGGAGAAUUGUUAUGAGAACAUUUAGUUUAUUUUCCUGACCGACAAUCACUCACUAACCAAUCAUUAACCAUUAAACGACACAAUUAAAAUGUCGAAUUAAAAUUAAAUUAGAAUAGAUGCGUGUCUUAAAAUAUCACAAAUGUUUUUUUCUUUCCAGGGAUUUCGCUUUGUAUGCGCAAAUGGCAACAUCAACAGAACAUUAGGAUUCACACAUCAUGCACCUGCAACGCAGAGAAAAACAGAAUAAUAUAGCUACAAGGAAUAAAAAAAUAGGACUACACGAAAUAUAUUUCAUUGAAAUAAUUAACAGAUUAACGAAACAAAAGAGAAAAACUGUGCAUCAAGUAGGGCUAGUACAGGCUACGCUCAUUUGACGCGUUGUAUUCGUUUUCUUUAUUUUAUUAAAUCUAAUUGAUCACGCGGGCGCCUCAUACACAUGCAGAAACAACAUUAUAAAUUCAUUUCUGCUUUAUAAUGAAUGCCACUAUAGCCUAAUUUGUGUUUCAAUUUAUAAUAUAUAGCUUCUUAUUUUUCGUUCUUUUUCUGUUCUGAAUAAAAUAAAUUUAAAGGAUUUUCUGUGGAGUGAGGUACUAAAAUAAUGUUUAUAUAUAUUAAUAAUGUUUGUAAGUGUUUAGUUUCAUUUACCGGUGUUUUUGUUUAAAUUAAUUUUAUUGUUUGCAAUUACAAGGUUGAGGGGUGUUUUUAGAGUAAGAUCAUUUUCUUUUUCAUGUGAUUACUUCCUCUUCAUGGCCGGGUUACGUUUCUCUGUGUCGUAAACUAUAGGGCGAGGCUUCUAAAAUUUGGGGCAUGAUAUUUAAAUUACUUUUUUUCAGCCGCCACUUUUAUCAACACCCGUUCAGUCGUGUGAUGGAAUUGGCCGCAUACGAAAGUUUAAUGAAUCACACGUGAGCGUUGUCGUAAGCUGAUUUAUCCGUUCGGAUGUACGCUGGUUUCUACGUUCUUUUGAUAAAUGAGGGCCACAGUUCCACAGAAACACACUCACAUUAUCUCUCUCUUUAACUCACAGCUGUAAACUCUUUCUCUCUUCUAAUCUUAAUUUCAGUGUGUAUAUUAUAGAAAUACACAAACAUUGACUUCAGUCUAAAUGAGAUGCACCAGUCUUCUAUUGUAUUUCUGUAAACUGUGACGAUCUCUGCUGUUUUGUAUCUUUGCGCUUUUACAACAAACUGCAUCGGUGCUUCAAAGCUUUUGACACAGUGUUCUACUUUGCCAUCUGGUGGUCAAUAAAAAUUCCUAUACCAACUGUGUCAUUCAGAUGUUUUGUUCUUUGGGAUUUCAUUGUAAGGUUUAUUUGUAUAUUUAAUAAGCGUACAUGUCAUUAGCAAGAUGGCGGCGCGCGUGUGUGUGUGCAGCGAUAGAGUUUCCAAAUGUCAUUGUAUUUUUCUGUUCUUCAUUUUUACUCCCAUUAAACUUGUGGUUUCCACCUUCUAAAUAGGCUA